AUGCCUCUGUUACAUCUCAUUCUUUAUCCUUAUUCUGUUGCUCAAUCGCUGUUCCAUAAUGUCAAGUCAAACUUUCCUACGGACAACUGCGCCAAGUCCCUUAAGUGCUCCCGCCAUCGUCAGCUUCCGCGUGUCGAUCUGUUCCGGCUGGUUCAAUUUGCCGAAGUCAACGGCCUCAUCCGUAGACUCCAGUGCUACCCCAUCAGUGAUCUGCCUGCCAGCAUGACUCAAGCACUAUCAACUAAGCCUCCGCUUCCUCUCUCUUCUCCCCUCCCUACUUCCCCGUCUUUCAAUUCUACCUCCUUAGCCAAAGGGAUGAUGCCGAUCAUCUCUCCAGAUGGGCCUGUCGCAGGAAUCAGUGCCAUAGGAGAUCCAGCCCGAUCGCUGGGUAUUCUGAACAGAACAGACGUUUCCGUAGCUCAUAUGCAGUCACGCGUAACUUCCGAAGAAGAGCAUUCUGUCCAGCAGUCGUUGCUGAUUCCGCAGCAGCAGCAGCAGCACAAUCCUCUACUCGCGUCUUUCCCCUCCGAUCAUCCCUCGGGUCACACUAUUUCAGAGCCAGUCUAUUCCUCUGGAAAUGCCAGAAUCAUGCGUCGAUGGGAGGCGAUUCGAUGCCAGCUGAUGGAUGGCUUGCAUAGCCUAGAGACCAUUUCCGCUCGUGAGUGUCUGGCUCCUGUUUCGGACAAGUCUGUUUUGUAUGGCUAUUCUACGAACCGGUUGAUGCGACGACUUUUACAAACGAUGCGUAUCGAAAAUCCUGACGGCUUACUCGACGAGAUGCCACCAGAGGGUAUUCCGGACCUUGGAGAUGAAGAGGACGAGGAAGAUGAUGACGUUAACAUGGAAGAUCAAGACUAUGAGUGGUUAGAAGAGAGAUUGGAUGAGUUGAGGGGUGAAGGAGAGAAAAGGGGCAGUUCGGAGAUAGAGCUGGAUGGACAGGAACGAGGGGAGGAGGAGGAAUACGGAGGAGCAAAUACUGGAGAUAAAUCGGAGGCUGAUUGUGAGGAAAUACAACCCCAGUUGGUUGUGGACGUUGAGGAGGUCAAGGGCGAACCUUCUGGCCGAUCUUUUCGCUGCCGAAACCGCCAAAGACAAUGUAAAGGCCCCAUGGUCGCUAAACCACUUGAAGGCCAAAGUAGCUUUUACCAUGAGGAUCAAGCUCCCACAUCUGGUCCUGGUAGCAAGACUUCCUCUGUACCUUCACUCUAUAUGCUCUGGCGAUAA